AUGUUUGUUGUGUUUAUUGUCUAUCGGCUGACUUCUGCUACCGUUGCUGCUACCGCUGCUGCUACCGCUGCCGCUACCGCUGCCGCUACCUCUGCCGCUACCGCUGCCGCUACCGCUGCCGCUACCGCUGCCGCUACCGCUGCCGCUACCGCUGCCGCUACCGCUGCCGCUACCGCUGCCGCUACCGCUGCCGGUACCGCUGCCGCUACCGCUGCCGCUACCGCUGCCGCUACGCUGCCGCUACCGCUGCCGCUACCGCUGCCGCUACCGCUGCCGCUACCGCUGCCGCUACCGCUGCCGCUACCGCUGCCGCUACCGCUGCCGCUACCGCUGCCGCUACCGCUGCCGCUACCGCUGCCGCUACCGCUGCCGCUACCGCUGCCGCUACCGCUGCCGCUACCGCUGCCGCUACCGCUGCCGCUACCGCUGCCGCUACCGCUGCUGCUACCGGUAUUGUUACCACUGCUGUCGCUAGCACUGCCGCUGCCACUGCCGCUGCCGCUGCCGCUGACACCAACGCAACUCCGCCACCGACACCACCGCCACCAAAAAAAUUAA